UGGCAGCGGCGGGACUUCCUUCCUCUCCUGCCCGACGCAAAAAAAGCAAAGUGCUCCGGUGUGAGGCCUUUAUAACUGUCCAGCUUUCAGUCGCUUUAACAACUUCGGAUCGUCGAGCUCAGAGGUUUAUUCAGCCUAACGUCGACACCAUGACUGCUGUUAGAAACGCGCUGCUUGUUUGCGGGGUUUUGCUGAGCGCGCUGGAGGAAACGGUCCUCUGUCAGUACGGACGCUGCGCCGGGAAUCAGUGUUUUGCGCUUUUCCAGAAGCCCGAGGACUUUAAAGGCGCACAGGAAGGCUGCAAAAGCUCGGGUGGACAGUUAUUCACGUACAGUCAGCCGGACUUGGAGAACCUGCUGGCGGCUCUGCCCCGCGGCUUCAGCGGGAGAUUCUGGCUGGAGCUGCGCGGCACCGGCAGGGCGACAGAGGAAGCCUCGGCACGUCUCCAGAACUGCUCCUCCGUGUCCGUGACUGAGGGAGAGAACACGGAGGUGUCGUCGGGGCUGUGCAGUGAGAGUCUGAGCGGAUAUCUGUGCCAACUCUCACUCACGGAGCCCUGCAGUCCCUAUCAGCCAGGUGGAGGCGCACAGGUGAAGUACCAGGCGUACCAUGGCUUCGAGGUUUUUGACUCCGAAACGUUUCCACAGGCAACAAUAGCUGUGACUGGGAAGGUCGGCGGUGGAUAUCUGGACUCGAAGCAUUUGUGUUUCUCGGGGAAUUGGACAGCAGCUCCCUGGGCCUGUGAGGUGCUGAAUGGCGGCUGCGAGCGCAACUGCACCUCGACGGAAAGAAACAAACGACACAUCUGCGUCUGUCCCGCGGGAGAAUCCCUCCAUCCCAACAAACUCACCUGCGGCGCAGAUUCGCCCGCCAGCAGCACGCAGGGGAGCCAACAGGAUGGCGACGCGUCCGUGCCAGAGUGCAGCAUCGGCUACAGACCGGCGCAGGACCAGAAGAGCUGUGUGGACGUGGAUGAGUGUGAAGAAGAGGACCCGUGUACAGGUGAGGGGGAGCAGUGUGUCAACACACAGGGCAGCUUCCAGUGUGUGUGCAGAGAGGGCUUCGACUCAGAGGAUGGAGUGUGUGUGGACGUUUCCAUCUGUGGGAAGUGUGAGCACAUGAAUUGUUUGAAAAUAGCUGGUGUGUUUCAGUGUGUGUGCAAUGAUGGAUUCAGAGUGUCCGACAAAGAUCCCACCAAGUGUGAGAUGCAUUGCGCAGAGAGAGACUGUCCGGCCAUAUGCGACAGAAACACUGAGAGUGACGAUGCAGACAUGCAGAGCUGUAACUGUCCUCACGGUUACAUCCUGGACAUAGUGAACAACACAGCGGUCUGUAGUGACAUAGAUGAGUGUCUGCAUGGGCACUGUGACCACCAGUGUGUGAACUCCUUAGGUAGCUACAAGUGUUUGUGCCAUGAGGGCUACGAGCUGCUCAGAGGGUACAAGUGUGUACGGACUGAAGACCCGGAGGACUAUGAUGGAUCCGGCUCAGCUGUUGUGAAGCCCACAGAGACCAGCACCGACCCAGCCUCAGUACCUGCCUACAUCAAGGCCGGCAGCGCCAUGGGUAUCUUCAUGUUCGGGCUGCUGUGUGGCGGGAUGCUGAUCCUCCUGGUCCUCAACAUGUCCAAACGCUGCAGCAAGUUUGAGCUCUCCCCCCUGAAACAUCAGAACAUCGAUAUCUUCUAUCUGCAGCAGGUGACCACAGAGACGUACAAGAGGUUAUCCUUCGACAAAUCCUCAAAGACGGACUCACAAAUCCUUUAAUGACACACCUCUGACCGUCUUCUCAUGUCACAGUGCUCGUCUGCUCACAGCCGUCAGAUACACAGUGCUGCAUCUUUAUCCACUGACGGUCUGAAUGGGAAACUGUUUAUCUUUAAAGGCAGCGAGUGACCACCUGCUGUGAAGGGUUGUAGUAGUGGAAGCAUAUUCAAUGAAGAUAUGCUGUAUGCUAUAGGAAAACAUCUUAAUGCUUUCUUCAUGUACUGAACUUUUCUACACGGGACUGUUGUAUUUGCCUUACAGCUAUCAGCCUUGUUGGUAACGAGCACUGAUCUGACAUCUCUCCGAUAUGACCCCUAAAUUAUCAGCUGUUGUAAAUCUCAAGUUUUAUCAUAUUGAUUCUUUGGUUACGAUAUUUGCUGAUCUCACAAUGUUGUCUUUAAAAAAAUCAAAGCUCUGUUAGAAAAGAGCUGAGCAAGGACGGAAACAGUGACACAGUGUUGUCACACUGUUAUUACACUGUUAUCACACUGUUAUUACACUGUUAUCACACUGUAAACACACUGUAAUCACACUGUUAUCACACUGUUAUUACACUGUAAACACACUAAUCACACUGUAAUCACACUGUUAUCACACUGUUAUUACACUGUAAACACACUGUUAUCACAGUAAUCACACUGUUAUUACGGUUAUCACACUGUUAUUACGGUUUUCACACUGUUAUUACAGUUAUCACACUGUUAUUACGGUUAUCACACUGUAACCACAUUGUUAUUACAGUAAUCACACUGAAUCAUACUGUUAUUACAUUAUUACACUGUUAUUACAGUAAUCACACUGUUAUUACACUGUAGUCACAUUGUAAUCACACUGUUAUUACAUUAAUCACACUAAAAUCAUACCGUUAUUACGUUAUCACACUAUUAUUUCUGUAAUCACACUGUUAUCAAACUGUUAUUACUGUAAUCACACUGUUAUUACUGUUAUCAAACUGUUAUCAAACUGUUAUUACUGUAAUCACACUGUUAUUACACUGUAGUCACAUUGUAAUCACACUGUUAUUACACUGUAGUCACAUUGUAAUCACACUGUAGUCACAUUGUAAUCACACUGUUAUUACACUGUAGUCACAUUGUAAUCACACUGUUAUUACACUGUAGUCACAUUGUAAUCACACUGUUAUUACACUGUAGUCACAUUGUAAUCACACUGUUAUUACACUGUAGUCACAUUGUAAUCACACUGUUAUUAGGUUAUCACACUGUUAUUACUGUAAUCACACUUUAUUACAGUUAUUACACUGUAGUAAAGUUGUGUGUAGAAAACAAAAUGUCUUUCCAUCCAGCAGUCUGUGAGUGAAGUAACAUUUCCACAUAAAGGUUGUAAAACGCUGCAUAUUGUAACCAGAAAAAAAAGUUUUUUGUAUUUUCUUGUUAAUUACAUUUAAACGUUUCGUGUCGCCGCCCUGAUGGGGUGUGUGUGUGUGUGUGUGUGUGUGUGUGUGUGUGUGUGUGUGUGUGUGUGUGUGUGUGUGUGUGUGUCAGUCACGCAGCCACACUGACUCACCCUGACUGAUUCCUGCUCAUGUAAUUAAUUUUUUUUUGGGUUUAUGACAUCAUGUAAAUCUACUUCUGAUGCAAACCACUGUUUGUUUUUGGGAUGUAUCUGUUGCCAUAGGAACUGUUUUGAUCCGGGCCGUACUCAGAAUCUGAGAAGUACUGAGGUCCAAAUAAUGUUUGUACAUGAACUACACAGGAUUUAUUCACCGUUUACUGUAUUAUAAACAUCAACUGCAACAUUCCAAUAAGCAGCCGCUCAUGAAGAGUUUGAUGAAUUUCAUUGUUUAACAGUGAAACAACUAUUGAAUUUCAUGUAACUGACUGUAAGUGUUUCAUUAUUAAUCAUAUAGAACUGCUUAUUUUAAUGACCUCAGAGUCCUCAGCGCUGGUUCUGAUCCAGAGCUCAUGUGCCAGAACCUGACCCACAUCAUCCCAAAGUGACAAACACACAUUCUGAAAUGUCUCGCGUGUUUGUUUCUUACUUUUGGAGACAAAGUCGGAGUUCUGUUGCUCCUGAACGCUGACUCGUGACUCUGCAGGACCUGAUUUAGGAGCUGAGCUGAUUGUGAGAUGCUGACACUGCAGAUAACAGCAGACAGAACCAUCUUGGUUCUGUUGAAUGUAGAAUGUUAGAAAUGUAAUGUGAUGCCAUGUUUGCUGAUAACCCUGAGGUUCCCUCCUCGCUCUGUGGUUACCUCUCCUGCUGCUUCUAACUACACAUGAAUGUAAAGCUGCUGCUCCGGUCGACGUCUGUGAAAACAUCUGACUCACCACGAGUCUGUUCGACAGUCGAGCUCCCACCUGUUGACCGUUUGUUGUCUCUGCUGAGUGAAAAAUGAAAAGACUAAAAGUUGUAGACGUGUUAUUGUGUUUUAUUGUCUUUCUUUGUUUUUCUCUGGUCUCUGUGUUCACGUCAGAUAUUUUUACAUAACUGGUUUCUGACAUAUCAAGUUUUGUUUUUAGUUUUUUUUGGUUCAUUGUACUUUGCUGCUUCCUGUGAAACUUUGGUUCUUCCUCUUCUCCACACUGGACCUGCAUAGUUUGUGCUUGUUUAUAAAUGUACCGCAGUAUUUAUGCUACUGCACACAUUCAGCUGUGCACUGCUGGAACAACCAUGUGUGUCGGUGUCACAGCGCCUGAGAAACUGUUAAUACAAAGUAGGUGCGAGGAAAAGAAGCUGAACACUUUAAUAAAGUUAAUAAAGAAGAAACAUUUGUCCAAAUA